AUGGUGGGUGGCAACGAGGGCAGUGAGACGAUUGGUGCGACGGUGGAUCGAAGCAACGUUAAUGGCCGCCAUACCUAUCAUAUCACUAAUUAUGGUGCCAAGCCAGAUGGAAAAACUGACAGCAGCAAGGCAUUACUGGAAGCAUGGAUGCAUGCAUGCAAAGAAAGCCGUAGCACGGUGGCCGUUACAGGCGGGGAGUUCUUACUGAAUCCCGUGAGGUUAAGCGGCCCAUGCGCCGGCCCGAUAACGUUUGCCGUGUGGGGCGGUUUGAAGGCUCCAGAGAAGACUUUCCUCGACAGCUCGGAGUGGAUACUGUUCGAGGAUCUGCAAAGCUUAACCGUCACCGGGAACGGCGUUUUAGAUGGUCAGGGUGCAUACGCCUGGAGUGUGAACCAAUGCAAUGUUAACCCCAACUGCAAACCUUUCCCUACGAAUUUGAAAUUCGGUAAUGUCGUAUAUGGACGUAUUGAAGGGAUAACUUCACGGGAUAGUAAAUUUUUCCACAUUGUAAUCGACGAGGGUCAACACGUGGAUAUUGAAAAUAUAAGAAUAACGGCACCGGCGGAUAGCAAAAAUACCGAUGGAAUUCACAUCGGCCGGUCACAAUUUGUGCAAGUCAAUAAUGUGAAUAUUGGGACAGGGGACGAUUGCAUUUCGUUAGGGCCAGGAACCACAAACGUUGUGAUCAGUCAGGUGAAUUGUGGUCCUGGCCAUGGCUUUAGCAUUGGAAGCAUAGGAAAAAGUGAAAAUGAAGAUGUGAGUGGAAUUAUUGUGAAGAAUUGCAAUAUCACAAACGCCACAAAUGGGCUUAGGAUCAAAACGUGGGCACCUUCUACGGCCAGCAAGGUCUACAACAUUACCUAUCAAGACAUCAGUUUGAAUGGUGUUCAAAACCCGAUUCUCAUCGAUCAACACUACUGUCCCAACAACCAAUGCCAACAUCAGGGGGAAUCAUCAGUUGAAGUCUCAGACAUCAGAUACUUAAACAUUUAUGGGAGCUCCCAGGACGAGUUGUCUGCGAAUUUCAAUUGCAGCGGAAAAGUGCCGUGUAAAGACAUAGAGAUCAGGAGAUUGAAUAUAGUAUACAAUGGUUAUCAACCCACGAAAGCAGCUUGCUACAAUUUUAAUGGGAAAUUUCGUAAAUUUAGGGAAAAUGGUUUGCCUUCUACAGCUGAAGCACCUCCUUUGCUUGCAGUUGUAAAUAACCAAUUGUAUGCAGCUGACUAUGCUGACAUGGAAGUUAGGAGGUAUGACAAGGAUAAAAAGCUAAGGUGUGGGCUAUUAAAAUAA